CAUCUAGCUGGGAAAAUGAUUCGCCAUCUUAAGCAGCAAGAUUCCAAUUUGGGUAUAACUGAUAGAGAUAUACUAUGUGUUGAAAUUGCUGGUUUGUUUGAUUUCAUAAAAGAUAUUAUUAUUGGUGAACAAAGGAAGUCUAAGAAGUCAAAUUUCUUUUACCAAAUUGUCAGCAAUAAUUUCUAUAACAUUGACGUUGACAAAUGGGAUUAUCUGGCGAGAGAUUCCCAUUUUCUUGGCAUUGGAACAUCCUUUGAUCACGAAAGAAUGCUGAAAAUGUCCAAAGUAAUAGAUGGCACGCUAUGCUACAGAGACAAAACG